GCAGUUUCAUUCCUCAUGUGAUCACGUUCCCGUAUAUAUGCCUGUAACGCAGCGAAGGUAACGAAGUUGCAGGUAAGAAACGAAGAAGAGAAAGAUCCGAGAGAUCGCAGCGCUCAAACCCUAACCCUCCAACGAGCGAGUACUCUUUGAUCCUACAGUAAACAAGGUCUGAAUAAAUAUGGUUGCAAAUGGUGCGAAUCCUCCAAGAGGCAGUGCAGCAGCAACUGCGAGCAUGCGAAGGCGGAGGACCACUGGUGGUGGCAGUGCAGCAGGGGCAAGUGGGACAAUGCUCCAGUUCUACACAGAUGAUGCCCCAGGGCUCAGGAUUUCACCAAACGUUGUGCUUGUAAUGAGCAUCGGGUUCAUAGCCUUUGUUUCCAUCCUACAUGUGGUAGGAAAGUUAUUCCUUGUGUCGAGAGAGGCUGGGAGGUCUUGAGAGAUGUUAAAGAGUAACAAAUACAAAGUAAACUUAAAACUUAAGUUGUUAGGUAGGAAAACUAUUUCAGUUCAUAUGGAUUUCGUUUUGUUUUUGUGAGAUUGAUGCAGGAGCUUAAAUUUUAUAUGGGUUUACUUUCA